AAGGAGACACAGCAUCUCAGGAUCGGGAACUAGCCAAAAUGACCAGUGGAGCGCUGCGUCUCUGGAUGGUUAUUGAGCUCUGUCUGACCCAAGCCAUAGCAAACACUGUGACUGGGUUUUUGGGUCACUCUGUACAGUUGCCUUGUUUCUACAGAGUUACAAAUAGAAAGACUCAUGUGAUGUGCUGGGGAAAGGAUAAAUGUCCCAAUAGCAAAUGCGGUGCAGAGGUUAUCAGGACUGAUGGAAGACGAGUGACAUGGUCGAAGUCUUCAAACUAUGAACUUCGAGGAAAUAUCUGGAGAGGUGAUGUGACCCUGACAAUCAAAAACACAAAUGAAGGCGAUAUUGGCACAUACUGUUGCCGGAUAGAGGUGCCUGGGUGGUUUAACGAUAUCAAAAAGGAAGUGGUUCUGCAGCUGGAGAAAGCUCCAACUACAACUCCUCGUCUGACUACAACUACUCCUCCGACUACAACUACUCCUCCGACAACAACUACUCCUCCGACUACAACUACUCCUCCGACAACAACUACUCCUCCGACUACAACGACUCAUCUACCUACAACUACUCAGUUGGCCACAACUCCUCUUCCUGCUACAACUGCUCUUCCUGCUGUAACUACUCAUCUGGCUACAACCACUUGUCCGGCUACGAUGGCCACAACAGCUCUCCAAAUGACCACUUCAGCCAUUUCUAACCUAACAACUGUAAUGACAUACCAAUUGACUACAGUCACUCUCAAAUUAACAACAGCAGCUCUUCCUCAGAAAUCAACUUCUAAUCAAGCUGUAACCCCAGCUCCGACCACUCUCCCAUGGACAGAAGCUGCUCCUGUGACUACAGAAACCACAAGUUUUCCGAAAAAUGAUUCUGAAUUUGAAGAGAUAAGAGCUUCGGGAGACCCUGAGCUAUUGAUAAUCAUAGUCCCUUUGGUGGGGUUUGUGAUCCUCCUGAUGCUGCUGGCUUUUAUUUUGAGAGGUAAAAUCAUGAGAAAGAAUUAUUCAGUUACACACAAAAGGCCAAACAAUGCUGGAGAAGUUAGCAAUGCUCUUGGCACCCUGCCUAGUAGGAUAGAAGAAGAUGAAGAAGAUCUUUUUAACCUCUGAGAACUUUCAUUUGGAGAAGCACCCAGGUUUGUCCAGCUUGGAAAUCCAAAGGAGCUGAACCAGGGACAUUAUUAGGAAAAGCCUCACCAGGCACUACACAUGAUCAUGGUAAAUCUGAUUGCUUGGACCUAGUAGGUUCAGAAGAUAUGGGUGUGGGCCACACUGCCUUGGAUUUCACUGUUCCAUGAGUCUGCUCCAUGCUGCCAGCACAGCUGUCCCAUUUUCUCUCUGCUGAACAUCUACUGCCAGCAUGGUUCCAUGAACCAUCCUGCCUUCCUUCCUUUUGUCUGUAUUAUUGGCUGGAAUGUCUUGUUGUUCUACUUCCUCAGAAGAAUUCUAAAAAAGGAGGUACCGGUUGUUGACCCCCAAGUUUGGCUGGCUAUCAGUUUCUUCAUUUGUAAAAUGACAGGUUUGACAAGAUUUCCUUUCAAUUCUGCAGCUUGGGAUCCUGGUCAUUCUGUGUGCUUAUUUGCAUGAUGGAAUCAUUUUGAAUUACUCGUAACUUUUCUCCCUGCAAGCUGGUCUGCCUCCUCUUUUCCCAUGUAGCAUAUUUUUUAACAGGAUUUAUUUCUUUUUUCCUUCUGGCUCGAAAUUUGAUAAUCCUGUGAUCUUCUACAUCAAUGGCGUGCUUCUUCCUAGUUGUAUAGCUUAGAGCAAGUCUCUUCAUUUCUCUGGACCUCAAUGUCCUAUCUAUAAAAUGAAAGGGAUAGAAGUAAAUGGUCUCCAAGUUCCCUUAACAUUUUGUGAUUCCUGUUUGGAAAUUGUCCUUAAACCUUGAAGCACACUCAUGUGUAAUUUUACUGGUGGAAAUCCUUUUUCCUUUAAGGGCAAAUUUAAUUUUUGGAAAGAGCUCAAAAUCUAAGCUAAACAUGGUGAAUGAGGUGCAUGAUCAAGCUGGGGGAUACUAUUUUUGUUAUAAUGUGAGGUAGGGGCAUACAAUAAGAAGCUUGAUUUUGUGGUGUGGUCUUUAAGCUAGAAUGGAAAGUACAAAGGGAGUGGAGUGGUUUGGACAAAGAGAGACAGAGUCACUUGGGAAUGGAGGUUAACAGAGAUUUUUUUUGUUUGUUUUAAACUCACAAAGGUUAGGGGAGAACAGAUGCCAAAGGGAAUAACGUAGGUGUGAGGCCACUUAGGACUCAAAAUCAGAAAUUUUAGAAAAAGAGCUGAGAUGACACUAAUAGGAGACUUCCUAGAUUCAAUGGUGUGAAACAAUGGGGGAAAGCAUGGGCCUCUAGUUCUCAACCUCAUUCUCUGAAUUACUUAUGAAGAAAUGGAGAAUGAGGGACAAAGAGCUAGGAAACUUAACUCUAACUGCGCCCUAACAAACAAUUGGCUGAUGGUGCCAUGGGUGGCAUCCAAUUUCCAGGUUGCUUAAGCCUUAGCAUACAUGCAUCUUGAAGGCUGGGGCUGACCCAAUCAAGUUGGGUUUUGCUAGCUCAAAGAAGGCAACAUGGAAACCCUGAUCCACAAUUCGGCUCACCACAAGGAUUGUUUUUGAGAAGUUACCUGGAAGUUCAAAAGAUGUCUAGAUGGACAAGACUGGCCCAGGCACAACUGAGAAAGGGGUAGAAAGGAACCUGGCCUUGAUUAGCAAUUCCUAAAGAGCAGUUUCAAAAGCACUUUGAGCAAGGGCUCUAUCAUAGGAAUAAAUAUGUGUGAUUGCUC